AAAGUGCUGCUUUCCCUCCUGUGGCUGCUGUCAUGCUAGACUUUUCAAUUGGUUUCGUACUGUUCAUUACCGACUCUUCAUCCAUAAAUGUAGCAGUCACUCUAAGCCAUUUCAAUCCUCAAAAUAUUUUACAUUAAAUUUCCAUCUAUGGCUGGGGAAACAACUCACAGAUCUCUUGACGGCCGGGUAGCUAUAGUCACCGGUGCUUCGCGUGGCAUUGGCAAGGCCAUCGCCAUUCACCUCCACUCUCUUGGGGCAAGAGUUGUGAUUAAUUAUGCUUCAAACUCCACCCAAGCUGAUCUCGUAGUAUCCGAGCUAAAUUCGUCCGGUACUACUUCCUCCCCUCGAGCAAUCGCUGUUAAAGCUGAUGUUUCGGAUCCUGAUCAGGUCAAACUCCUCUUCGAUCAAGCUGAACAAGCGUUCGAAUCUAAAAUCCAUAUGCUCAUAAAUUGCGCCGGGGUGCUGAACCCCAAGUAUCCAACUUUGGCCAACACAACAGUAGAAGAUUGGGAUGCCACAUUCAAUGUGAAUACGAGGGGGGCUUUCUUGUGUGCAAAGGAAGCCGGUAAUCGUCUGAUUCGCGGUGGCGGCGGGAGAAUCAUCCUGAUAUCAACAUCCGUUGUCGGAGCCCUCCUUCCAGGAUAUGCAGCAUAUGCAGCUUCCAAGGCGGCCAUGGAGACAAUGGCGAAAAUCCUGGCGAAGGAGCUCAAGGGUACAGGGAUAACUGUGAACUGUGUGGCUCCAGGGCCUGUGGCAACAGAGAUGUUCUUUGCAGGUAAAAGCGAGGAACUUGUUAACAGGAUUGUGGAUGCUUGCCCUCUGGGAAGACUUGGAGAGCCUAAAGAUGUGAGCAAAUUUGUGGGAUUUUUAGGGAGUGACGAUGGGGAAUGGAUCAAUGGCCAAAUCAUCAGAGUUAAUGGGGGAUUUGUUGUUUAAGAAUACUUUGCUACUCUGGAGUAAUUUUCCCAUGUUGUUGUUUUUUUUUUUGGCUUUUCCACUCUGUUAAUUUUCCUGGGAAAUUAGAGGAGUUGAAUCUUAAAUCUUUGAUUGAAUCGUCAGAGCUGACAUGAUCUUGAUUACGAUGUUUAAGUUACUGGUGUUGUAUUUUAAGCAAUUUUUUUCA